AUGGGUGCCAAUGUCAGUCCUUCUACUCGUGCCACCAUUGUCCAUAUCGGCGCCACCUUCACUCUCUUUCUUGUACUGCUGCUAUCACUUGUGAGAUACAUUACAGUUCCUCAGGAUAGUACACGAUGCAAUGGCAUGCUAAACGAUGGAUGGUGGGUUGGCGACAAUUAUACCACGUGGCAACCCUCAGGAUGCAUGCCACACGAUUAUACACCACAUGAAAUGUCAAAGUGCCUCAAUCAUUCAAGGGUGCUAUACAUUGGCGACUCCAUCAUGCGAGAGCAAUUCACGGCCAUGACAUCCUUUAUACCCGAUAUGAAAUUGAAGCGAUCAGGCCCUUCCAAGCAUUCAGAUAGGAUGUACUCUUCUGAAAAGUACGGCAUGUCCAUUGAGCUAUGGUGGGAUCCAUACUUGAAUCAAUCACGUACAUUGGAGAUGCUCAACAAAGAUCGUGGCGUAUUCAGCGAAGAUGAGGAUGAAGAUGAUGUUGAUGUUGUUGAUGAUGAUCGUCGUCGCCGAGCUAGUCUAUUGAUUAUCGGCAGCGGUCCUUGGUAUAUGAAGAAUCUCGGUGAUCGAUACUUUGACGAUUGGAAGGUGGCCGUGGAUCACGUCAUGGAUGCUGUGGAAAAGGCGAGCCAUGUUGCUGAUGCAGUGAUGCUAUCACCUGUCGAAGUUCCACAGUACGACUUGUUGAGUCCCGAGCGUGGUGACACAAUUACAGCCGACAAGAUCCAUCGCAUGAACACCUAUCUUCGAGGACGUGAACAAACAUUGAUGCCAAAGACACCUUUUGUGAUACCUUACGUUUGGAAUACGGUUGGAUCAAGCACCACCAACAUGACUGAGGAUGGAUUACAUUAUCUUUCAGGUGUUACCUCAAUUCAGGCCUCGCUGGCAUUGAAUUAUCGAUGCAACAAUGAGCUGCCCAAACACUUUCCAUUCGACACAACGUGCUGUACGAGAUACCCAACUCCUUCAUGGCUCCAAAUCAUGCUUCUUGUCUUCUUUUUGAUACGCGUCCCUAUCGGCUAUGUUCUUCUCAAUUACACAUCGCCCAAUGGAUAUUGCCAUCGUAUCGCUUCAAUGUGUCUUUUCUUGCCUUCGAUGGAGGUGUUGGCCUCGCUAUUCAUUUUCGGGCUUGGUGUCGUAUACAUGUACAUUGGUGAUCGCACCCAUCUUUUCGGCAAGGUGUUCAAGUUAUUUGAUGCUUCAAUUUUCGGCUGGUUGCUGGUGAUUCCGCUUGUUGGUGCUAUUUUAACGCUUCGCACCAAAGAUCAAGACGACCAAGGCUUUUUGAAUCGAGCACAAACGGAUGAAUGGAAAGGAUGGAUGCAAAUCAUUAUCCUGGUGUAUCAUUUUAUGGAUGCAAUCGAUGUUCCUGCUAUCUACAAUAUCAUGCGCGUGCUAGUGGCGGCCUAUUUGUUCCAAACAGGCUAUGGUCAUUUCAGCUUCUUUUACAAGAAAGGCGACUUUGGAUUUGCGCGUGUAUUUAGUAUCUUGUUGCGUCUCAAUCUCUUGACCGUGGUGCUGGUGUACGUGAUGGAUACCGAUUACCUGAGCUACUACUUCACUCCUCUCGUCACAUUCUGGUUCGGUGUCAUUUGGGUGACCAUGUUUGUGGGCCAUACACACAACCAAAGCAAACCUUGGUUUUUACUUGGCAAGAUCGUUGUUAUGGGCUUGCUGACAGGCGUAUUGAUCCAUGCUGAUGGCGUAUUGGAAGCUGUGUUCUCUUUAUUGGAAGUGGUAUUCAAUGUCCAUUGGGAUGUGGAUAUGUGGCGAUUCCGUAUGGCCUUGGAUGCUUGGAUUGUGUAUAUUGGCAUGCUCUUUGCAUAUGGUGUCAUUCAUUUGUCCGAUCGCAUCGAACGUGUGCAACAUCAAGCUUGGCUCCUGGUGAAGGUGGCAGCCGCCGUAAUAUCGAUUGCAGCCUUGACGUGGUAUUUUUACUUUGAACGAUCACUUCCUAGCAAGCAGGCGUAUACAUCUUAUCAUCCUUACUUGUCAUGGAUUCCUAUCAUCGCCUUUAUUGUGUUGCGCAAUGCAACGAAGCGGUUGCGUAAUACGACAUUGGGUCUUUUUGAGUUUGUUGGCAAGUGUUCCCUGGAGACCUACAUUGGACAAUUCCACAUGUGGCUUGCAGCUGAUACCAAGGGGCUGUUGGUGGUAUUAACGAAUCCUUCUUGGGUGAAGCAUGGCACCAUGGGAUGGUGGAUCAACCUUGCAGUAUCCAGCGUGGUGUUUAUUCUCGUGUGUUACCAUCUCAAUCGGACCACAAGCGAUAUUUCUCAGUGGAUCUGUGCAUCAUCAACAUCAUCAUCCGCUUCCGCUACAACUGAUCAACAACACCGCUCUUCCAAUUAUCAACAUGUACCAUUACUUCCAACCUCUUCAACACCAUCCUCGGAUGACGAUGACGAUGAUGAUGACAACGACCAGGCUGUAUGGCAUGAGAAACCAACAAUCUCAAGGUGGACAUUGAUAUGGCAGGAUUUACGUUUCAAGGCAGCACUCAUUCUCACGUGUCUCGCUAUCCUCAAUCACUUGUGCUCUUAA